GAAUUGCAGCGUUGCCUUGGUAUGGCGGUUAUUUCUCGAAUUUUCAUUGGAUGGCUCUUAUUUGGAUAGCCCAACCACAUUUUUCUUGGGCAUAUUGGAUGAAAUUUGGAACCCCUGUAGAGACUAUACGCGACCAUGCACCUUAGGUGCCAAGUGCAGCAUGAAGGUAAAGCUUAAAAGCCUCUAAUUACAAGAGCUUGUGCAGAAUCUCAUCAAUGGAUUUUGGAGCGUCGUCAACCGAUAUCCUCAACUGCGAUAUUUCCGCAUCUAGUCAAGCUUCACAAAUUGCACAUUGCCUUGAAAACUUCGAAUCUUCAGUAGCCAACGUCUCGGGGGGCACUCCUACAACAUGCAGUCAGAAUGGCACCUUUCAUAUUUCAUCUAUACCGACUUGGCUUUCCAACGGAAUGUUGGGCCCAAGCACGUCCGACACCCAGUCAACAGGUGCCCUGCCACCGGUAUCCGAGCUGCGACCGGGGCUUCGUGCCGGAGGUGGUUUGCAGUUGUGGGCACUUCUGGCGCAGAUGACCAACACUCAGACAAGCCCAGAGGCGCCUCGUGCUGCAGCGUCCUCGGAGAAGCAUAUCGAUGACAUGCAAGUCAGCUUAAGUCAAAAUGUUGCAACAUACCAUGUUGACGGCACUAAAAUUCACGACAUCAAUGAACAAUCUCGGCAUCAUGGUUACCAAACGGAAGCCACAUAUUCUUAUUGCGACAUCCAGAGGUCAAACCUCUCUCCUGCUGAAUCGUUGCCAUCUCUUGGAAUUGAUGUUCAGCACAUGGCGCCAACAGAGGCAGUGCUUGACGUUGACAGUAUCACAUCUGCUUACCAGCAAUACUCAUGCAUUCCACUCUUAAACAUUCCAAAUAACAGCGUUUCAUCCGAACAGCCAUCUUCACUAAAUGGGUUAUUGGAUGAUGCCCUGUAUUGCACUGCAAAAUCAAAUUGUAACAUUCCAUGCUCGCAACAGGUGCACACAGUACAAGAAGAAAGGUCAAGUAACAGCUCUUUGAAAGCAGCCAGUCACACAAACUCUAGUGAUAUGGCAAGUAUGCAGCAUAUGGUACUAAACAAGCCAUCUUUCUCCGACACACAGAGGCAACUUACGGCUGAGGGAGCCUCAAGCCUUUUAUGUGACUCAUUGAAUAAAACUGGAAAUUUAGUUCCUCCUCCAGCCUCAAUAUCUUCAAAGUUACCUCAGCCUGUUGCUUCUGAGGACCUGGACAACAGUAGAAGACAAGACCUUAUUCAAACCGCCAUUCCAAAAAGUGCGCAAAAUGAGCACGCUGCACAAAAAGCUGCUAAGAAGAAUUUUUCUGCUGCAAACCUUGUUGAACAGGUUGUUUGCUAUCGUUGCAAGGUUUGCCUUUUCCUCCACGAAUCAAAAAUUGAAGCCAUUAAACAUGCAGAGUCCCAUCGUCAAGGCAACAAGAAAUUUGCCCCUGCUAUGCAGAGAAAGUCUGUUCAACAAAACUGUCAACAACCAAUAAAUCGUGCAGAGAAGCGAUUUCUUUGUGGCAAGUGCCGGCGUGGCUUUUUCACACUUGAUGAUUGUUGUCGUCAUUUAAGUCAAGCCCACCAGGCAAAGUCCAAAAAGAUACGCUUGGAGUGGAUCUACACUAACCAGCCUGACCAGAUGCGAGCUUCCACUCCAGCUGAAGAAGUGACAUUACUUGAGUCUGCACCCUCCCAAGAUACUGCCCCAAAGCAGCCUGCACCUGCACUACCAGAGUUCAGAGCUGGGCCUCCAUGUCAGGUUGCCGUUGGUUCACUGAAGCAGGCUGUCAAGCCCAUUUGUACAACACCAAAGAAGAAAGAAGAGUGCCGUAAGACGUUGCCACAUGAGACGAGUGACUCGGCAAUAUCCUCCUCUCAGAUGGCUUGGAGGCAAAAGAUCAACAGGGAACAGGGAAGCUUUAUCUGUGAGCGUAAGGGCUGCAAUGUUCGGUUCCGUGAGCUGGAAAAUCUGGAAUAUCAUAUUAAAUGUCACCGAGCUGACACACCAGACUUCGCCUGUCCUGAGUGCUCAGUGGUCUGUCUUCGAUGGCGCACCAUGACUGGGCAUCUUUGGAGGCAUCACUUGUGCGACAUGGAGCUUCAUCAGUGUGACCAGUGUGACUUCCGCACGUACAGUCUGAGCAAGCUGGAAAACCUACACAAGCGCACUCAUGGGGAGGAGCGGCCUUUCCUUUGCGAUGUCUGCGGCAAAGGCUUUAAAACUGGAAAGCAGCUUCGAAACCACAAGGCAAUCCACAGGCAGGGUUCGGGCCAGUGGUCAGCUGUGGCAACAGCUCAGGGAAAUGGUAGCACCAACUCAUUGCCAGCAGAGGCAUGCUCUGAAUGCGGGAGGUGCUUCCGUGUACGACGCCUGCUUCAGCUGCACCGCGACUCCGUUCAUAGAAAGCUGCGCCCGUUCCUCUGUUCCUACUGUGGUCACCGGGCAUCAUCACAGAGCUCACUCAAGAUGCACCUCCGCCAGCACACCGGGGAAAAGCCAUUUGCUUGCAACCUCUGCGAGUACCGCACCGGUGACCACAACUCACUGCGCAGGCAUAAGAUGCGUCACUCUGGUACCAAGCCCUACAAGUGCCCACACUGCCCUUAUGCCUGCAUCCAGUCCAGUACAUUCAAGAGCCACCUGCAUCGCAAGCAUCCAGGUCAAAGUGACAGCUUGCUCUUUGCAUGCCCUUUGUGUUCAUUCCGGACUGUGCGUGAAGACAACUACAAAGCCCACCUAUCUGAUCAUAGUUCUUCAGAGGCACAGUCGCUAAAUGGAGCCUCAGCACCAGCUUCUGUCGAACAGACACCAAACCUUUCCUCGGCGCUCACCUUGGGAGACAUUGUUGGCUUUGCACAGUCUGCUUCAUGAACCACUACUACUUUCAAGCUAAGCUCUUUCUUUUGCUUCAAUUGUACUCUUGGGCCUGUUUGCAACAUUUAAGCACCAUUUAAUAUCACAGAACGCUGCCAAAAUAACUAACACACCUCAGAUAAGUCUGCAUAACAUGUAAUGCAUACCACCGCAUCACCACGUCUGCUUAAUUCCAGAGCAAAACAGGCGGUUAUGCAUGACCUGCCGUAUUUCCGUCACCUUGUGUGUGCUUUGGGUGUCAGGAGGUCCAUCCCAGAGUUAAAGCAGACACAUGUUAGCUCAAUGCAUAGAAGUCGUUGAGCUAUGCGUGCUGUAGAACUAGAAGCAAGAUUUUCCACUUCUGUCGUACAGAAGUGCUGGUUAGUAUGGUUGUCGCACUUUAGCAGCUUUCCUAUUUUAGGUAAGCUCAUGGCUUUCUUUAUUCCUUUAGUUUUUCUCUUUCCCUCUCUGUGGUGAGAUGCUAAAGACAUGCGGUGAGAGGGUAAUGCUCUUUUCAAGAGCAUAUAAAGAAAAUGAAUUUUGUGGAAAGCUGCAAAAAUUCACACAGAAUUCACUUGAUCUUUUUUUUUUAAUAGCUUCAUACUACUGUAAAGUGGACGCCAACUUUUCCUUUCAUUACUGUGUUAUUGUAGAAAAGGCUGUCAGGAUGUGCGUUAUUCUUCAGUGUUCUUCAUUUGGUGUUACACAGUGGCUGUAUAGUCAAGGUUUAUAGCAAAGGCUGCAACCAAUGUCCUUAUGGAAACCACCUUUAUGGCGCUGACACACUGUUUAUUUAUCUACAUUCACAGAACCUUGGUGUGGCUUGCCAUUCAUGGUGCCCUUUCUAUGAUUCUUCUGUUUCUAAUUGCUGCAUGUGCCUUGCUUUGAUAACACACCUUCAGAAAACUAGCAUGUGCUAUAGUUCAGCUGCCUCCCUUUCUCACCGUGGAUGAGAGAAACCAUGUUUGUCAGAUCUGUGAUGAUAGUGCUGCUCCAUGGAAAACAGUGAGCAUCCCAUUUCGCUUUAAGCAUUGUUGCUUUGUCUAAACUGUUAUCAGUUGCAGCACAAGAUAGCCACAGAAAGAAGGGGCUGUCACAAAUCGCAGUGCAUCACGGACUCUUUUUCUGCACUCCAUGAGUGCCAUACCCGCUCUGUUGUAGAGUGCCAUUGAAUGCAGUGUGUGCCUAAAUUGAAUGACUAGAGAGGGAGAAAAAUGUGACACCCUCAAUCAAAAUGGUCACCCAAUUUUGAACAUAAGGAAAAAUUCAACUUCCACAGUUUUAGUAUACACCCUUUGACUUGCACACAGAAAUCUUAUGAUUCCAAUAGAUUUUUCAGACCUGGUUGAUUAUUCGGAUUUCCUCAUGACACUGCCAUGUUUUCCAUUUAACUGCUGUAUAACAGCCUCUGAAAGUGUGGAUGCCAUAUGGUGUAACUCAAUUUUUUGGAGAUGAUGUGCAUCACAGAUAUGGUGGCCAUGAACAAAGUUGCUGCCAAUCAGGUUGUCCCCCAUAUGCCACUUUUGUUGGCGAUGUGAUUACAUGACUUUUAGAAUGCUGUAAGGCUGUCACUAGGAGAUUUUUGCCAGAGUGUCUACACUAAAUGUUCACCACUGGAUCAUAUCAAAGUGGGGCUGAUUAGGCGUAUGUGUGUAGGCAGUAUGGCCUUGACAAAAAUUUGCCGCCAGCUGAAUAACGGCAAGCCAUCUCAAGAAGCUCGCCACUAGUAUCUUCGCACCAGUAGACCUAUUUGACAGUCACACUUGUGAUCACGUGCACAGGCUAAACUAGCUGUAUAAGCAAAGAUCACAGAUCACUGCCAAUCUGCUGCUGGCUAGUACCAUGAACAUGUGGCAAGUUUGUGUGCUGACUAGACAGAACAGCAAAAGCUUGCAUGUCGGCAGAGAGCCACAAAUGAAUUUGCGCAACACAGUCUAACCUGAUUGCAUCAAACAGCCAAAGUCGCACACAUUUGCCUGCACUUCACAAUAAUGCACAGCACACAUUGGACUGCGUGACAGGCAAUUUGGAAAUGCAUCUGCUGUCUCGACCAUCGCGGUAUUUCAAGUAAAUAAUAGAAAGCAUUAGCUGUGCAUAUACAUUUCACUCUGCUAAGCCUAGUGUAUCCUUGCAAUUUUCACACAGCUGCCCAGCAGGAACACCAGUGUGCAUGUGCACAGUUUUCAUACCAGCAGCAGACUGCCAAAUGCUCCACUGCAGGGCCGAUUAAGCAAAGCGUGAUGAUGUUUAAACUUUGUCUCUUUGUUGGUUUGCAGCCAAACUGACUGCGCGUUGCUCGCCCUUCUGGGAGGCGGGGAAUGACGUGCUUAUCAAAAGUUCAGUUCUCUGCACUGCCUGAAUGCAUGAAACGUGAGCAGAUUAGACUGUCAGCAGCACUCUGCUAAAGCUGUCUAUUAUUUCAAUGAUGCAAUACAUGGGGGGAAAUUCAGCAAAUUUUUCCUACCCUUGGCAUUCUAAAGAGCAACCAAUUUGAUUUUACCAUUGAAGUUCCCUCCCCCCCCCCCUUUUUUUUUUGGACUACCUGUUUAUUCAGACAUUUUUGCAGCCCCCUGCAAGUCUGAAAAAUCAGUCGGCGACUGUAUAUGCUUUCACAAGUCAUGCAGGAGCAUGGUAAGGCUUUGUCCACAAUUCGCACAUACCCAUGCUCAAGUUUUAUGCUUGUCUAUGUAUUUGUGUAUCUGUGGCACUACUUCUAGCUCUGAGUGGAGCCACAUGCACACUCAAAUAAUAAUAAAUAAAUAAAUAAUUAAAUAAAAUGUAUGACAAACACAUGGCAGUGCUUUCCAACCGUGGUUGAGAUGUUUAAAUCCAUCAGUGGAGGGCCUUAACAGUAGCUAGUCAUGCAAUUAAUAUUUGAACUACUAACUCCCAACUACUGUCUGUAUGGUAACAGUUAACAGUGGUAACAGUGGAAAACCAGUUACGGUGAGGCAGUUUGUUAUUGUCAGCAUACCAUUUGCAGUGAACACACUGCAUUAGCCACACUGGUGCUUUGCAUCUGUUUGGUAGAUGCACCGGUUGCACACAGCAAUGGUGCGCAGCCUGCAUGGUGUCUUUUUGCGUGCAGGAAAAUCUUCUGUGGGCCAGGCCUAAUGCUAACGACAGCGUACAGCAGCUAGUGUAACAUUGUUUUAUACUUCUAAUCUGCAUUUCAUUUUAGUAAAUCCCUCCUCUCCUUCCCCCAAAAGCAUGUAUCCGAGAAUCAAGUAAGUACAUAAGCAGAUUACUUAAUGAAAGAGCUCUCUUAUGGUUCAUGGACUAAAAUUCUAGAAGUUCUUGGCAUUUGGUGAGCAGAUUAAAUGCUGCAAACAACACCAUAUAUGAUGUCAAGGAAGGUAAUUAGAACAAGAAAAGGCUAGGUGAUAUGUUGGAUGCAGCUGAAGCAUUCCAUUUUGCCAUUCAUGCUGUCUGAAUCUGCCAUAGCUCUUGGCUCUACAGCUCUAUAAUAUGAAUCCUGUAAUUAUUCUGUGGAUUCCUAGUUUUAGUUGUAGCGUUAAAGUUGGGCUAUCCUUUAUAUUUCAGAUGUUUUGUUAAAAAAAAAAAAAGUGACAAGUACGCAACUGCUGCACACCAACGAUUUGCAUGUUUAUUCUGCAAUGGCAUUGCUACAACCUGAAGAAGUUAUCCCUGGAAAAUGUGAUUAGUUCUUGCUAUCUGCUGUGAGGGGCACUCCACAAAAGCAGUUUUAGUUCUGCUUGCAGAGACCACAGUUUUUGCCCCCAGUCUAGAUUAUGUCUCUGUUGCAAACUGGAAUGCACUGGUUACUUUGUGGCCUGGGCACUGAGACACUGCAUGUGCCCGACUCUAAAUGCUCUGCAUUCUAUUUGCUUGGUAAGGAGGCAACAGGCAUUUCUUGAAUAUUGGGCACUCUUGGCCAUCAUCUGAUGUUGACUAUGGAUUCACUGCUGUGUGGUACAUAAAGCUGGUGUCACGUCAGCCAGGCUGCUGUGUGCUUGUGUCUGCUGUUCCUGACAGUUUCUUAUCUUGAUAUGAUCCAGUUCAUUCCGUACUGCGCCCUUUUGGUAUUUGAUGAGCCACAAACAGUGUCCCCCGAUUUUAUAGGGCAGGGCCAGUGUAGUUUAAGAAUUCCUUUCAUUCCAUUCUAUUCCUUCCUUAUCAUCCACCGUUCACAAUUGGCAAUCACAGUGAUAAUGUGGGAGGAGCGUUGUUCAGACUACCGACAAAGCAUGAAAAGGAACAGCAUUGAGAUAGAUUCAUUGCAUAAUUACAGCCCUAGAUGCCAAUGGAACACCCAUGUUUUUGCAAAGACUUUUGCCCAGCAUAACCAGCUACUACAUAAGUCACUUUCCAGUUUUUUUAUAUCACAGAGCUGAGGAAGCUAACAGCAGGUUGUAAUUCUGGGGCUGUCACCCCAGAAAUUGUUCCCAAGGCACAGGAAUGACCAUCAGUGACAAAUUAAAUUGUAGUUAAAUUUGUCACAGUGUGAGAUGUAUGGGCAAGUGGGCUGCACCGGGAUAUUGUACUGAGGGGUAGUGGCUAUGUUGGUGUGGCAUUUUGAUUAUUUGUACAGUAUAGAAACACCGGGUCAAUGAGUGCUGUGUAUCGGCCUCUGAUCAUCUGUCCUGUAUUGCCGCACUGUACAUAUAUUUAGAUACAGGUUUGGUUGUAGAAUAUGUGAGAGGACCUGCAGCAAAGGUAGUUUACCUGAGGCCAUUGCUAGAGCCUGUGAUAGUAAUGGGUCUCCAGUUGUCCUUUCUGUUAGUUGAAGGGGUAACAGUUGAACGUGAGUAUCUCCCAGGCAGUGGGGUUCAUUAACAAAUGCUGGAAGUACCAGCCUACUGGAUGUAUUUGUUUUCUGGUGUAGCUGACCAUAUUGGUAGUUGUAAGUGUAGUCAUAUUUAAUUACUUAAUGCACUAGUGCAUCAUCCUUGGUUACAGCACUUGUGGUACUAGCUUCUUUUAUACCACUGUCUGCUAAUAGGUGCCCCAGCAAAAUGUGCUUGUGCCUAAGCAGUAGUUUCAGUUCUCCAGGAAAAGAGUCACCACCCAAGCACUUCAUACAGAUGGUUAAACAGCGAAGCUGAAAUGUGCGGCCCCAGUGUUUAUCACUGGAAUAAUCCUGAUGGUUCAUUAGACGACGACUUGGUAGGCUGCUGGAUCCUCGGUAUGCAGUUGCUGCUUGCGCUGGGCUGCACGAGCCUGUUCUUGUGCCCGGAGUGCAGCAUCGGCACGGCACAGACGAGCUCAUUCCUGGUUCUGCCCCGGGCGUUGCUGAUAGAAAGCUGCCUGCUCCUCAGGAGUAUAUAUGACACGUGGCCUACCCAUUUCAGAGCCGGAGAGAAACUGCUGUGCAUGCGCUCGGCUGCGACGGAGAGCAACAAUGUCAAUACUGGCGCAGCUAAUCCAACACCACCUAGGUAGCACAGGGCGUUUUCACUCUGAUCCAUGACGUCAUGUUAUCUGGCCUGACUGCCAUAAAAUCUAAUAGGGAUGCUCUCAAGUAGGCAACAGUAAUUUUGAUGUCACCGCUUUCAUCACGCCAGCCUUGUCAAUAAAAACUUCAGGCCAAGUAGCAUGACGUCAUGGAUUGGAGUAAACGGGCCUUGUGCUAUCUAGGUGGUGUUGGCUAAUCAAGCACCUCUCUCUUUCUCUUUCUUUUUUCAUGCACAUGGGGUUGCACUGGAGGAGUUUUCGGUGCACAGGCGACCUAUAGACAGACAGAUGAAUCGGCUAGCCAUAUACAGCUUCACAGUAACAUAGGAAGGAUUUCCACAGUACUGUUCAUUAGAGGUAUAUUCUGUUUUUGCACACAUUUUGGUUAGUUGUUGCCAUACUUUCAGCUUGUUGGUUGCAUGAUCACACAGAAGCGCACAGCUAGGGAGAGAGAGAAUGGUUACACAGCAUGUGUGCACUUGUGUAAUUGCUUAAAAA